AUGGAGACGGACAGCCAGGAACAGCAGGCCUCAGCCAAUGAGAGCGCUGCGUCUGGAAACAGUGCCCGCCCCUCGCCGAUCCAAUCCAUGUCGCUUUAUGAACGGCAAGCUGUGCAAGCCUUACAGGCGCUGCAGAGGCAGCCGCACGCCGCUCAGUACUUCCAGCAGCUGAUGUUGCAGCAACACAUCAACAAAACGCAGAUGCACAACACGGCAGCCGCUGGCGGGAUGUCCGCCUCCGCGACCGGUGGUCGUGUCAUCACCGUGGCGACGGCAGCGACGACGUCCACAGUCAGCCGGUCGCUGCUGCUGAGCGGUGGAGCCGGGGGACGUGGUCAGAUGUUCCUCAGGGUGAACCGCUCCCUGAGAGCGCCCAUCUCCUCGCAGCUGAUCUUCAUGCCCGGCGGGGCGCCGCCGACUGUCGCUGUGACGACGGUCGCGCGACAGCCCGAGCGGGGAGUAACGACCACGACCUCCUCUGGCAGCCAAACGGAUAGCGAGCUGAUGCAGAACUUGUCCACAUCUAGUCCUAAAUGUAUCAAAACGGAGGUGACUGAAAAGAGUAAUGCUGCUCAUUUAUUUUCCUUGCUGUGUGUAGCCCCUAUCAAGUCCAGUCAUCCCCUGCCGUUCCCCAUCAAGAUUCCCACAUACCCUCCGCCCUCCCACUUGAAAUCCUCCGCCGUCCCGCAACUCCUGCUUCAAGGAACCCGGACACUCACCACGGGGGCCCUAGCCCCCACAGCCGCACACGCUUUGGUCCUGACGUCCGCUUCGGGUCCGGUGGCGGGUAGCGCUCAGACUUUGGUGGUCCAGCCUCUGCAGAAAAGUGGCGACAAGGUGCCUCACACCAACGGGCCGGUUCCCAUCCAGCCCAAAACCCUGCAGGGACUCCGUCUGCCCCUCCAAUUGCCUUGUAGAACCCCGCCGCCCAUCAUACCUGCCCCGCCUCCGACGAGUCAACCUGGACGCCGCCCACAGACGCCCCACAUCCCCGUUCAGAUCGUUGGCGCCAGGCAGACCCAGGAGGGUGCCGGCGUCUUCCCAGGAUCGUCCGGCCUGCUUACCGUUGUGGCUUCUGAAAGGGGCGGCGUCCCAGGGCGUCCGCCGCUCCCCUUGUCCUCACUAGAUCAAAAUCAGCCUCCUAGAGCCCCAACACCCUUAGUUGUUGCGGCAGGUCUUGCACCUCCUAAUAAUGACACCCCAAAAACAUCCGUAGUGCAGCCGGGUGCAAUGACACACAAGCUAGUUCCCAACGACGACUCGGACAGUCGCCUGCCGCCAUUACGAGGUGACGUCUCAACUCCGGCGGAAGUGGACGCAGGUUCUACAACACCCCAAGUCUUCCCCUCAGUGGUGUCUCAGGGCGUCCACGGGGCGGGCGAGAAGGCUCCGCCCCCCAAAGCGGUGAUCAAGCCGCACGUCCUGACGCACGUCAUCGACGGCUUCGUCAUCCAGGAAGGGCUAAAGUGCCAGUUCUGUACCAGGUAUAAACUCUCCUUUGUCCGGCGGCCAUCUUGGGAGGAUCAAAGUCACGUCUCCAACUCUGAGGACGAAGACAUCGACUCGGCCAAGAGGAGAACGAGGAAGCGACCGCGCCGGAUCCACUCUCAGAUCGGAGGUUCACAGUUUGCAAGCCGGAUGCUUCACAAGCGCCGCUCUGACAGCGAGGAAGACUUUCACUGUUAUCCUCCAACUCCUCCCCUGGCACCUCCGAGCCCCGCCCACUGGACCGUGGAACAAGUGUCGCAGUUUAUCUGCUCGCUAAAAGGCUGCGAGGAUCUGGCGUCGCUCUUCCUGUCGCAGGAAAUCGACGGACAAGCGCUUCUGCUGCUGAGGGAGGAGCACUUGCUUGCCGCCAUGAACAUCAAACUAGGUCCCGCCCUCAAGAUAUGCGCGCAUAUUGACAACCUGAGAGGAUGA